AUGUUGGAAACCGAUGGUGCCAAGACUUCGAAGAAUGCAUACCCAGAAGAGCACGAUGUCGACAACGAAGUCCGAGUUGGGGGUAGAGAGGAGAUUGAUCCGCAUAGUGGCGUGAAACGAGGUCUGAAGAAUAGGCAUUUAAGCAUGUUGGCACUCGCAGGUAUUAUCGGUCCCGGAUUACUCGUCGGAUCUGGUCGUGCUCUACAAAACGGAGGCCCUGCUUCAUUGAUCAUUGGAUUUGGAGUAAUCGGAAUCAUCGCCUUUAGCAUCAUGCAGUCCCUCGGAGAACUCACCACUCUAUACCCCAGCGGCGGAUCAUUUGUCUCUCUAGCCGAACGAAUGGUAGACCGGUCAUUUUCCGUUGCUGUGGGAUGGAACUACUUCAUCAUCUGGGCUGCAGUCCUAGCUAACGAGUAUAACGUCAUCUCGAGCAUUUUUGUCUUUUGGAGCGAUCGGGUCCCAAUCUGGGGCUACUUUUUGAUUUUUUGGUCCGCUUUCUUGGCUUUUCAGCUGCUCGGCGUGGAAGCUUUUGGCGAGGUGGAAUUCUGGCUGGCGCUUCUCAAGUUAUUGGGUCUUACUGCAUACUUCAUCUUUGCCAUCGUCUAUGCUUCCGGUGGCCUCAUCGGACAGCAGGAAGCUUUAGGAUUCCGCUACUGGAAAGAUCCUGGCGCGUUUAACAAUAAUGGGUUUCGUGGAGUAGCGGCGGUGUUCGUGUUCUGCUCGACAUUCUAUGCUGGAGUUGAGUCGGUGGCUGUCGCAGCCACAGAGACCCGGAACCCAGGCGUUGCUGUCCCUGCUGCCAUUCGUCAAGUCUUUUUCCGGAUCAUCUUCAUCUACAUGKGCUCGGCGUUCUUCUUCGGCCUGAGCUGCCCUGCCAAUGCAGACCAGCUCGUUGAGGGCGGCAGUCGCUCGUUGCAGUCUCCCAUGACUGCAGCUAUCCAGAUAGCUGGGUGGGAGGGUGGAGUGCAUCUUAUCAACGCUUUCAUCUUCGUAACAUGUCUCAGCGCAGUCAACAGCUCCAUCUACAUCGGAUCUCGAACGGUGCUUUACAUGGCUCAGGGUGGYCAAGCUCCUCGCUUUCUAGGAUGGACCAGCAAACGUGGCGUACCAGUGUUUGCGAUCGUCUUGACCAAUCUUUUUGGAGCAUUAUCGAUGAUGAAUGUUAGCACCGGAGCCGCUAGAGCGUACGGAUAUAUCGUCAACCUCAGCGGAGUAUCAACUUUCCUCGUUUGGGGAAGUAUUUCCUUCAUCCACAUUCGCUUCCGAGCAGCGUGGAAGCAGCAAGGCAGACUUCCAAGCGAACUGCCAUAUCAGUCGAUACUAUAUCCAUGGAACGCUUAUUCUGGCCUGGCAGCCAACAUUUUCCUGGCUUUUGUGCAGGGCUGGAGCACACUGUCUCCAUUCAACGCCGGAAACUUUGUUAGCGCGUACAUCUUGCUGCCUCUAUUCCCUAUCAUUUGGGUGCUAUUCAGGGUCAUCAACAAGACUCAUAUGCGACGAUCAGAUGAGAUCGAUCUCGAUCGCGGAAGAAGAGAGGAUCUUGAUAUACCAGAGUCGAAGCUGGCAAUUGACGGGUCGAAGCUUCCGUGGUGGAGGCAAGCUCUUAGUAGCUUCUGA